AGGCGCGCGUGCCAUCUCCCGCGCUUUACUCCACGGGGAGAGAGAGAGGGAGAGAGAGAGAGGAAGAGGAAGAGGAGAGGAAGCAGACAAGAUCUCAGCCACAAAUCGCACGGAGGCAAAGGCAGAACUUGAGGUCCAGAACAUUGUUUUUUUUUUUGUCAUGUGAUGACGCACUGUGACGACACCGUACGCGCGGCGGACUUCCCCGCAGACUAACGGCGAUGCGCGGCCAGGGAAGUCACGCAGGAGGAGCACGUGGAGGAGCGCCAGUCCGUGCGUUUCGGAAGCACAACUUUUUUUUUGUCAUAAUGUGAAGCUUCAAACGCAAAAAUGCGGAUUAAGUGUUCGUCUCGAGCGGCUUGAAUUCAAACCCACGCUGAGUUCAUAUUGUUCUUCUUGAAGAUGAAAGCGCUCGUGAGGAUGUUGGUCUUAAACUUUUUACUGCGCUGGGCUCCUGCAGACGCACAGAUGGGGUUUGAUGGCCCGCUCUCUGCACAGGAGCAGAUGUACAUCCUCUAUGAAAUCAAACUGCAGUGCUACCAGAACCUGACCAGCGCCGAGCCUGUGUCCGCAGAUGAGGUGUGCCCUCCGGACUGGGACGGGCUCAUUUGUUGGCCCCAGGGCUCCCCGGGGCUCGUCACCAAGGUCCCCUGCCCGUCUUACAUUUACGACUUCAACCACAAAGGAUAUGCUUACAGGAGGUGUGAUGUGAACGGAUCCUGGGUGUUUGUGGACCACUGGAACAAAACAUGGACCAACUACUCCGAGUGUCUGGGUUUCUUUCAGCCCCCCGAUGAGGAAGGGAGGCGAGACUUCUUCGAGCGCCUGUACGUCAUGUACACCACCGGCUACGCCGUGUCCUUCAGCGCUCUGCUGGUGGCCAUCCUGCUCAUUGGAUACUUCAGGCGUCUCCACUGCACCCGGAACUACAUCCACAUGCACCUGUUUGUGUCCUUCAUGCUGCGGGCGGUCAGCAUCUUUGUGAAGGACAAAGUGGUCCACUCCAGUGCCGGGCUGCAGGACUUUGAUUCCGCCCUGUUGGACAACUUGAAGACCGUCACCAUGGCGCCACUGGACAACACUCAGUAUAUUGGCUGCAAGGUGACAGUGCUCCUCUUCAUCUAUUUUCUGGCCACCAACUACUACUGGAUCCUGGUCGAAGGCCUCUACCUCCACAGUCUCAUCUUCAUGGCCUUCCGGUCGGACUCCAGGUACCUCUGGGGCUUCACCCUCAUCGGAUGGGGUGUCCCGGCUGUUUUUGUGUCCGUGUGGGCGAUCGUCAGGGCGACGCUAGCAGACGCCAGGUGUUGGGAGUUAAGCGCUGGUGAUAUUAAAUGGAUCUACCAGGCUCCCAUUCUGAUCGCCGUGGGGCUCAACUUCGUCUUGUUUGUGAACAUUGUACGAGUGCUGGCCACCAAAAUCCGGGAGACGAACGCGGGAAGAUACGACACCAGGAAACAGUACAGGAAACUGGCGAAGUCCACCCUGGUGCUGGUGCUGGUGUUCGGCAUACACUACAUCCUCUUUGUCGGGAUGCCUCACACAAUGGAAGGAUCCAGCUGGGAGGUCCGCAUGUACUGUGAGCUCUUCUUCAAUUCCUUCCAGGGCUUCUUUGUGUCCAUUAUCUACUGCUUCUGCAACGGAGAAGUCCAGACAGAGAUAAAGAAAACAUGGACGCGUUGGAACCUGGCCUUUGAGUGGGAGGGUCCGGUGGUUUGCGGCCGGUACCGCUACGGCUCCGUCGUCGUCGGCAUCAACAACAACAACAGCACCAGCAGCCAGUCCCACCUGGCGGGGGCGGGCCCGUCCACGCGCUCCACCGCGCUCCCCCCGAGCCGCGCCUAUCGGAACGCGGGUCCUCCCGUGGUCAGCACCUUGCCGGGGUACGUGGUCAGUAGCUCGGACCCGUCCAUACCCGAGGAACCGGAGGACGGCGGCCCCAAGCGGGUGGACGAUAUCUCGCUGAAGGAAAACGCACUCGUCGCCCGCUCGAGUACGACCGCUGAGGAGGAGGAGGAGGAGGAGGCGCUGUAG